CAAUGGGCCAAAGGAUUCAAAAGAAAAGUUCCUGAGACGUACUUACUGGGCAGCUGUAGCUGAAAUGAUUUCUCUCGUUCCUGUUAGAAUUCUCUUUCUUUUAGGGCCUUUAAGUCUAGCUUAUGGCGGGAGGCUUCUUGUGUUUCCACAAGAUGGAAGUCACUGGCUUAGUAUGAAAAGUUUGGUGGACAAACUGACCCUCAGAGGUCACCAGAUUGUUUUGGUCAUCCCUGAAACCAACUUCCUCCUUAGGAAUUUAGACAACUAUACUGUGAGAACGUUCUCUGUACCUUACACCAAAGAAUUUAUAGACAACCAUCUUAAAGAAGGAACUGACGAUGUUUUUAAAAAGAUGACUUUACCACAAAGAAUUGUGACUCUGCAUAAAAGGAUAACAAAUUACACAAAUUUGGUUCUGUCGUCCUGUGAAUAUUUACUGAAAAAUGCCAGCCUUAUCAAGAAUUUGGAACAAAACGGCUUUGAUGCUGCGUUGAAUGACCCUGUCUUCCCAUGCGGUGAAAUAGUUGCUGAACACCUGGCUAUUCCUUCUGUGUACUUCAUGCGCGGAACUCCAUUUGGAAUGGACCAGGAAGCCACUCAGUCUCCAAGCCCACCAUCCUAUGUGCCAAGAUUCUUUACCACAUAUACAGACCACAUGACUUUCAGCGAAAAGAUGAAAAACUUUAUAGUCAGAUUAACUGACUAUGUAUUUAGCCGGAUAUUCUACCACCCUUAUGCACAGUUGGCAUCUGACUUUUUAAAGAGGGAUAUCACUGCUGUAGAACUAUUUAGCCGAGCUUCAAUCUGGCUGAUGAGGUAUGACUUUGUCUUUGAAUUCCCUAGACCUGUGAUGCCAAACAUGGUUUUUAUAGGCGGUAUCAACUGUAUCAACCGGAAUCCACUGAACCAGGAAUUUGAGAAUCUUGUGAAUAGUUCUGGAGAACAUGGCUUUGUAGUUUUUUCAUUGGGAUCCAUGGUGUCUGAGAUUCCCAUUGAGAAGGCGAUGGACAUUGCAGAGGCUCUAGGAACCAUCCCACAAACGGUUAUAUGGAGAUACACAGGGAAGGUGCCUUCAAAUCUUGCAGAAAACACUCAUCUUGUUAAGUGGCUGCCACAGAACGACCUUCUUGCUCAUCCCAAGGCUCGAGCUUUCAUUACCCAUGCUGGAUCACAUGGCAUUUACGAAGGUAUCUGCAAUGCGGUCCCAAUGGUCAUGCUGCCAUUGUUUGGUGACCAAAUGGAUAACGCAGUGAGGAUUCAAUCACGAGGGGCUGGAUUGAUGCUCAAUGUCUUGGACAUGACUCCAGAGGAUCUUAGCAACGCACUGAAUACUGUCAUAAACAAUCCAAGUUACAAGGAGAACAUUCAGCGUCUGUCUGCUCUCCACCUUGAUAGACCAAUCCAUCCUCUGGACCUUGCGGUGCACUGGGUAGAGUUUGUGAUGAGACACAAAGGUGCCCCACAUUUGCGCCCAGCAGCCCACGAGUUGAACUUCAUUCAGUACCACUCCUUAGAUGUUAUCGGAUUACUCCUUUUUGUGAUACUCACCACAAUCUUCAUCAGCCUGAAGUGUUGCUGUUUCGUCUUCCGACGCUGUUGUGGCCAUAGCUCCAGGCCAAUGCCAAAAUCAAAGCCAAAACCAAAGUCUAAGUCUCAGUAAAGCAAUCAUAGGAAAACAACCCACUUGUAUGAUUUGUUUCUGCAUUGUAAUAACUUUCUUUUAAAUCUGAAUGUGGUAAUGCUUCAUUAUCAAACAGAGAAAUAUUGUAUUCUACAGGAUUGUUAUACUUUAAACAAUUGCAUUUUAGAGCAAUAUUUGCGAGCUGUUGGGCUAGAACAUUACGCUUCUUGUAAUAUCUGCCAUUUCUACUGUAAGAUAUUAUGCUGUAUCGUAGAAUGUUCCUGUAGUUUUGCUCUGGAAUAAAUGUCUGUCAAUUACUGCUCCAAAA